AUGGUCUUGAGACGAGGAGAGACUACUAGCCGUGGUUGGCGUUCUAAAAGCAAUCAUCGUUGCUGCUUCAAUUCCCUGUUUAGAAACAAAGAAACUAGAUAUGUAUCGGAUUCUGUUUGUUCCACUUCUUCUUCAUCAGCUGGUCAUCGAAAACGGUCCAGCACAUCCGAAAAAGCAUCCUCUGGUUAUGGUUGUUCAGACCCUAAAAGACGUCGUGUUUCAGAACGUAGUAAAAGGCGGAAUCAUAGUUCCCAUGUAUCAGUUCCUAAUUUCAAUCAUACAACGAGCACAUGUAAGGCAGUACGUAUCUCUGGUGAUAAGGGCCGUCCUCGAGACCGUUCUAACAGUUCCUCCUGCAGUGGCAUCGCUCCUAGUCAUGCUACCAAACCUCCGCCUCACCAUCCAACUAAGCGAGAACGGCAGCGUAGUCCAAGUAUCGAAAUCCAUGAUGGGCAUUCAAUGCGCGUUCACUUACAUAAUGGGCAAUUUCCUGGUUCUCCGAGACUCCCUGACAGAGAUGACAAGCAAAUAGCACGUCGGAAGAGAGAAGAAAAGCGUCGCGAUGAAAAAGCACGAAGGAAAGCUAGUCAUGAGCAUCACAAACGCAAACCAUCUGCUAUUGUACCGGUCGGUGACACUAUCAAGCGACGCUUUCGAGUGGAGAAGAUACUAGGAGAGGGUAGCUAUGGGCAAGUUUUUGAAUGUUUUGACUUGUACACAAAUUCGUUGACUGCUGUCAAGGCUCUUAAACCUCAGAGUGAUUAUAGUGAUGCUGCGCGUCACGAGGUUAAUGUUUUAGAAACUAUUGCAAGAUUAGAUGCCAAAGAUCGAUCCCAUUGCAUAUCAUCUAUAGAUUUCUUCGAAUGGCAUGAACACUUCUAUAUUGUAUUUCCUCUACUUGGUCCAAGUGUUUUUACAUUUCUUGAAAAGAAUGAGUACGAACCGUACACCAUUGAACAAUGUGCAAUAAUUAUCCGACAGUUGUGUGAGGCUGUUGCCUUUUUGCAUCGAAAUAAGCUCACACACACAGAUUUAAAACCUGAGAAUAUUUUAUUUGUUGAUGGUCUGUCAAGUAUUCUGGAUUCUCGAACUCUGUUAUAUGCUGAUGAAAUUAGUGUAAAGAAACUAGUACAAGAACCUUCGGGUAUAUUGACUGUGCAAGAUAGCUUUAAUAUGACAGAUGAUUACGCAAUCAGAAACAAAGAAACUAGAUAUGUAUCGGAUUCUGUUUGUUCCACUUCUUCUUCAUCAGCUGGUCAUCGAAAACGGUCCAGCACAUCCGAAAAAGCAUCCUCUGGUUAUGGUUGUUCAGACCCUAAAAGACGUCGUGUUUCAGAACGUAGUAAAAGGCGGAAUCAUAGUUCCCAUGUAUCAGUUCCUAAUUUCAAUCAUACAACGAGCACAUGUAAGGCAGUACGUAUCUCUGGUGAUAAGGGCCGUCCUCGAGACCGUUCUAACAGUUCCUCCUGCAGUGGCAUCGCUCCUAGUCAUGCUACCAAACCUCCGCCUCACCAUCCAACUAAGCGAGAACGGCAGCGUAGUCCAAGUAUCGAAAUCCAUGAUGGGCAUUCAAUGCGCGUUCACUUACAUAAUGGGCAAUUUCCUGGUUCUCCGAGACUCCCUGACAGAGAUGACAAGCAAAUAGCACGUCGGAAGAGAGAAGAAAAGCGUCGCGAUGAAAAAGCACGAAGGAAAGCUAGUCAUGAGCAUCACAAACGCAAACCAUCUGCUAUUGUACCGGUCGGUGACACUAUCAAGCGACGCUUUCGAGUGGAGAAGAUACUAGGAGAGGGUAGCUAUGGGCAAGUUUUUGAAUGUUUUGACUUGUACACAAAUUCGUUGACUGCUGUCAAGGCUCUUAAACCUCAGAGUGAUUAUAGUGAUGCUGCGCGUCACGAGGUUAAUGUUUUAGAAACUAUUGCAAGAUUAGAUGCCAAAGAUCGAUCCCAUUGCAUAUCAUCUAUAGAUUUCUUCGAAUGGCAUGAACACUUCUAUAUUGUAUUUCCUCUACUUGGUCCAAGUGUUUUUACAUUUCUUGAAAAGAAUGAGUACGAACCGUACACCAUUGAACAAUGUGCAAUAAUUAUCCGACAGUUGUGUGAGGCUGUUGCCUUUUUGCAUCGAAAUAAGCUCACACACACAGAUUUAAAACCUGAGAAUAUUUUAUUUGUUGAUGGUACUUACGACGAAGUUUAUGUCAACCAUCGUGGCAGAACAGUACGGCGAAUCCGUAAUCCAUCCAUAAAGCUUAUAGACUUCGGAUCAGCCACUUUCGAUGAAGAUCACCACUCGACUACCAUACAGACACGGCACUAUCGUGCUCCUGAAGUUGUUAUGGAGCUUGGAUGGGAUCGAUCUGCUGAUGUAUGGUCUAUAGGAUGUAUUUUGUAUGAAUUGGUGACAGGACAAUGUUUAUUCAUGACACAUGAUAACCUUGAGCACCUAGCUAUGAUGGAACGUUUACUAGGGACUCUCCCAAAAUGUAUGACAAAGGUGUCCCGUCGACGACGAUAUUUCCGCCAUGGUCGGUUAGAUUGGUCUCCUGCUUCUUCAGAGUCUCGUUACGUUAGGAGAGUUCUGAAACCUCUUGGUGACUACUGGUUUUCUAAUUCUGACCUUUACAAGCGCCUGGCUUUCGAUCUUGUAAAAGAGAUGUUGGUGUACAUUCCGUCAGAACGAAUUACCUGUUCCAGAGCAUUAGAGCAUCCUUUUAUUCUUUCGUUUCAUAGUUGA